AUGAAGCAGCAGUGCGACGCACUGUUCCAGACCAGCGUCAAUGGCAAGGCCGCCGCCACCAUCCUCGUCUCAGGUGGAACCGUCGCUACCAUCCUCGUCUCAUGUGGAACCGCCGCCACCAUCCUCGUCUCAGUCUCAGGCGGAACCGUCGCUAUCAUCCUCGUCUCAAGUGGAACCGCCGCCACCAUACUCGUCUCAGGUGGAACCGUCGCCACCAUCCUCGUCUCAGCCUUGCUCCGGCUCGGCAGCCAGCUCGUCUACUGCACACUCCUCCCGGUCAGCUGGGCAGAUGGCCGGUUAAUGGACGCCCUCUGCGCCACCAGCAGCCAUGACCAGGACUUGGGUGUGGACCACUAUGGUUGCUGGGGAUUUACUCUCGCCCACGUCUGCCUCCUCGUCGGCCAAGUAUGUGGCCAGUUUAGGGACGCCAUCAGCAGCGAUGACCAGGACAUGGUGCCGGAUGUUGGCAGACCCGUCAGCGUCUUCUUACGCAAGCACACAGUGCACUCGGUGCACUCAGCUGCUAAUGGCGGGUGUGUCGGUGGGCGGAGUAACCUGUUUGUCCGCUUUCUGCCGCUGAAGUCGUCCACCUGUCCUGUGCUGGGACACACACACACACGCCAGGCUGAUGGUGCCUCAGGAAUCGGAUGGGAUCGUUAUGUGUCCCGCCCCCGCCCCGUGCCUAAUGAAGUGACCUGUGUCCUGACUCCAUGGUCUCAACCUCCUUGUCGGUCCUGCAGGUUUCGGUCCAAGUGGAUUUUGGUCUGCCGCUGUGAGAGCCAGCACCCAGCAGGACAAAUGGCCUCCAGGUUCAACAGGCGGAGCCUCUCCGACGUCCUGACCCUGGAGCGAUCGGAGCAGGGGGCCUUGGUUAUUUCCAGCAUCGACGACGCCGACUUCGCCAAUCGGAGGCUGAGGGAAGGGGACGAAGUGGUCGGGGCCACCAUCAACUUCGACCAUCUGUCCAAGGACGAGGUGCUGAGCGUGCUGAGGCUGAUCGAGCCCUACGAUGACAAAGUCCAGGUGCUCACCAGGAACAACAUGAGCAAGAGCCUGGGGAACCUGAACCAGGUCAACGUCACUCCGGAAACGAUGCUGAAUAAUUCCUACAACAAACUGUACAACACCAAGAUCAAGAAGUUCAUGCGUCAUGAUUUGUCUGACAGCGAGAACCUCGGAGGCUUUGUGCAAACGCUGCCUCACUCGUCCAAAGUCCGGACAAAACUGGACAACGACUUGCCUCGUCUCGGAGUGGACUUCGGACGCCUCGAGUCAAACGCGCACGACCGACAUUUCACUGCCGUCCCAGACUUUCCUUCCGGAAGUUUCUCCCAGGGCCCUAACAUGAACCUGCCUCCUCUGGCCAUGGGCUCCAGCGGCGCCGAGAGGAAAACCGGACACGGAGUUCAGGUUUCACACCUGCUGAAUGGCCGAGGACAGGACGGGUACGGGCCGAGCGUGGACAUGAGCUCAGGGUAUGAUCUUAACGGAGGACAUGUCAGCGGGCCGUCCUUUGACAGCAAACUGAAUAUGGCCAAUCACGGCAUGGGGGGUCUGAGUGGGGACGCGGAUUGGGAUGUGGACGGUUAUGAAGGGACAGCUGGAGCCUCUCUAGGAUCAGCCGGAAUAAACGCCCCACACUUUGAUUUGAACGGUGCAGGCUACGCUCAACGUUCAGGAAAGCUCCAAGUGUCUCAAGACAAAUACGGUCUUGAAAGUCCCUCUUUAGAUGUGAACACUGCAGACCUCCGUAUCAACACACCCAGGAUUAGAGGUGACUUCAGUACACCGGGCGUAGACCUGCCCUCAUCUCAACUGCAAGGCAUCAGUGUUCCCACCCCUACAGCCCGCACCAAGGUUACAUCUGCUAAGUACAAGGCCCCCAAGUUUACGAUGCCAAAGUUUGAUAUACCCAUUGUGGAAGUCCCUGGCAUUAAUGGCCCACACUGGGACAUCAACACACCAAAGUUAGAUCUCAACGGUCCCAACGCUGACUUUGAUAUCGAUGGAAAAUUCCGAAAGCCAAACUUGCCUAAUGUAGGUCUGAAUGGUCCCAAGUUAAGUGGUCCUAACCUAAGCCUCAACACUGACCUAGAUCACAGUGUUCCUAACAUCAGUGGUGGAAUAAAAGCACCACACCUGAAAACACCCAAACUUAAGACCCCUACAUUGAAGAUGCCAGACAUGAAAAUUAAAAAUCCAAAGCUAAAACUGGACACCCCAGACUUGGAUUUACCCAGCGUGGACUAUGAUACUCCCAAGUUGGAUCUGAACGCUCCAGCCGUCAAUAUAGGAUCACCGAAUGCCAAACUAAACGUGCCCAAGUUGAAGAUGCCUAAACUUAGUCGCCCAAGCCUUAAAGGGCCUGACAUUGAUGCAGACCUGGAUGGUCUAGGCGUAGACAUCAACGCACCCAAGGUAAAUCUCAGUGGUCCCAACAUGGACCUCAAAACUCCCAAGUUGGACCUCAAAACUCCCAAGUUGGACCUCAAAACUCCCAAGUUGGACCUGAAUGCUCCAAACACCAAACUAACCAUGCCCAAACUUAAGUUGCCUAAAUUAAAGGGUCGAAGCAUUAAACCUCCUAAAAUUGAUGCUGACCUGGAUGGUCUAGACAUGGACAUCAAUGCACCCAAAGUAAAUAUUGGUGAUCCUAACCUGGCCCUUAAGACUCCUGACCUAGAUUUCAGUGGUCCUAAUAUGGACCUUAAGACUCCUGACCUAGGUUUCAGUGGUCCUAACCUGGACCUCAACCCCAAUUUUGGGAUAAAUGCACCAGACAUGAAAAUGCCCAAAUUUAAGAUCCCUAAACUUGAUCUCAAUGGUCCAAAUUUGGACUUGCCAUCAGUAGACAUGCCCGAUCUUAAUGGUCCAGACUUGAAACUGAAAACUCCACACAUAAAAGGUGGUAUUGAUGCCCCCAACUUGGACUUACCCAAUGUGGACCUAAAAGCUCCCAAGUUGGAUCUGAAAACUCCAGACCUCAACAUUGGAUCGCCAAAAACUAGAUUUAAAUUCCCCAAACUAAAGUUACCUAAACUGAGGCAUCGAAGCCUUAAAGCUCCCGACAUUGAUGCAGACCUGGAUGUUCCAGACCUUGACAUUAAUGCACCUAAAUUAAAUCUCAAAGGUCCCAACGCUGAUUUAGAUAUUGAUGGAAAGUUUAAAAAGCCAAAGAUUCAUCUGCCCAAGUUAGAUGGUCCUAAUUUUGAUAUGAAGUCUCCUGAUCUAAAAAUGCCCAAGCUUGACCUGAAAAAGCCCAAACUGGACCUGAAUGCACCAAAGUUGAAAGCCCCAAAGAUGGAUCUCCAUCGACCAGAAUGGGACGUUGAGAUUCCGUCCGCCAAAAUGAAAAUGCCGAAAUUCAAAGGGCCAAAAGUGGACCUCCCAACAUUGGACGGUCCGGACAUACACGCUCCAGACUUCGACAUCAAUGCACCAGAUGUGAACCUCAAAGGGCCAAAAGCUCCACAUUUGAAUUUUCAAAGAAAAUACAAAAAGCCUCACUUGGACGGACCAGAUUUUAACCUGAAGUCACCAACUAUUCACGGAAAAUUGCCCCAAGGAAACGCUGAUCUAAACGUCAGAGCGCCAAAGAUGAAGGGGUCAUUUGACACCCCCAGAGUGGACCUCCCAGACAUGGACCUCGAUGCUCCUCAUUUAAGAAAAUCUCACCUGAGAAUGCCGAGUUUGGACUUCAAUGGAGGCGUAAACGGACCUGACCUCGGUGUCCCAGGUGUGGAUAUCAGAGGCCCAAAUAUGAAACCCAAAUUGCCAAGUUUAGACGUCGACGACAUUGACAUGAGCUUUUCAGACCCCAACAUGAAGUUCCGAGCUCCGGAUCUCGACGUAGACGAUACUUCGAUGAACUUCAAGAAGUCGUUAAUUGGAAAGUCGGCUAUCAAACUGCCUGGUAUGGGUCUGGACCUGGACCAGGACAUCGCACAACCUCGCCUAAAAACCAUGUCUGGCCAUCUGGACACGUCUUUGGAUGACAUCGACUUUACCCGCUCAGACCUCAACAUAGACGACUUCACAGGCAAGCACCAUGUUCCCCGGAGCAGGGCGUCCACCAUGGACUUCCAGCUUCAAUCGACAUCUGGUAUCAGCACUGACCUGAAGACGCAAGCCCGCAGUGGACUCCAGCUGGACUCAGGCGCUGACCUUUAUGCCAAAGUGUCCCGCACCGUCAAUGGCGCUCAAGCGUCUUAUUCCCAGUCUUCCCAACAAAGAGCUGCCGACGCUUCGGCCGAGUACUUAGUUACAGAGUUCCCAUCACAAGAGCAAAGUCCAAACACCGUGACCCACAUGUACAGCACGCUUGGGGGGAUGCAGUUCAAUCCAGGUGACGUUAACCUGGAAGUUCCGGAUCAAAGCGAUCUAAAAGCCUCAUCCUUCCUCUUCGCUCACAUGGUUUAGGCCCCCAAAGCCGGAAGUCUGUCCAUGUGGUUCGCCACUAAAGCCAUCCAGGAUCACGUUGAACGACAAAAAGUACUUUUUACUCCUACUGUGCAAUAUUGCUUUUGUCUACGUUCACUUUGCUGCAGUUUCAAAUCCAGGUCUUGCCAGUGCUAUUCGGACACGUGGUUAGACCAGAUCCUUCUAUGGAUUCUUUGAAACUUUGGAGUAAAUGGUCAGAGGUGUACAUUACCGUGGUUGUACAUAGAACACGUGUGUAUUUAUAUACUGUCAUGUCCAUUUUUAUGCAGUGUAUUAAAAUGUCUACUGCC